AUGUAAUCCAUCAGGUCCAUAGAUGUGAAAGUCCUACUGAUUCCUUCGGGCAUUUUGGUGGUGGUGACAGCUGGUAUCCUAGUCACAUGGAAGAUGUGGACAAAGCAUAGUAAGUAGUCAUUUUAUGUGAAUAUAAAAACGAGAAUAGUUUAGAAAAAUACUAAAAGUAUUGACAUUGUGACCAACAGUAUAUUGCUUGCUUGUGAUUUAUCUUGAAUGACACAAAGUAUUUAGAGGAAUUGUCUAUAAGAAAUCCAUUCAGAGGUAUUAUUGUACUAUAACAAACUCAGAAGUAAUUGACAUCUCCCUCUCUUUAUUCCAGAGGACAAUAAGGCCAAGGACCAGACAAAUAACAACUCAGUGGUAGGAUACACUUAUUUUAUUAUAUUCUAUUAUUUUCAACCAUCUGCUUUUCUGUUCAUGAUUUGGGAUCAUCUACCAUUUAACUCUAGUGUUACCUCUUCAGUUGGUUAUCAAUGAGUUGACAUAAAAGGUACAACUGAACCCAAGGUCUUAUAGCACUCAAGAUGUUGAAAAAUGCUGUUUAAAAGACAGAGAACAGGAAGUUGUCAGUUCACUAAAUAUAUCUGUGACUGCAUCCUAUCAUGGAAACAAACUGUGGUUUAGUUGAUAAAUAGACAAGUCCUGUUUCUCUUUGCUAUUUAUUUAUUUGCAGUCUGCUGACCCUGAGCAGGACAUUACAUACAGCAUAGUGAGAUACACCAGAGAAACAGCACAGCAGGUACAAACUGAAUAGACCUGGUUUAGGUCUGUGGAGAUCUUGGACUAGUACCAAUCACUCCAUCUCUGCAGUGUGAGCUUGGGUUCUCUCUCUCUCUCUCUCUCUCUCUCUCUCUCUCUCUCUCUCUCUCUCUCUCUCUCUCUCUCAUCCCUGCAGUGUUGAGCUGAGUAUCUGAAGUUCCAAUACUCUGUCUUCCUAUGCAUGUAGCCAUAUGUUUACCUUCUGUGCUGUCCAUUUCUCCGAGCCCAAACCCAGACAGCCACCAUGACGUGAUGUACAGCACUGUGAUGCCUGAUCAGUUCAGGACAGAACAGAAGGUCAACAUAUGGCCACAUGCAUCGUUGGUCUUAGACAACAUUAUGGCUGUUUGCAUCUGUUUUAGAAAACAGUUAUAAUUUUCUGUCUUGGAACAAGCAAUAGAUAAAUGUACACUAUAACAAUACAACAAUACAUUUUUGUUAUCUGGGUGUCUCUCUUACAGCAGUGUCACGCCCUGGCUCUGGUGACUCUUAAAUGUUGAGCCAGGGUGUGGAUUUGCUAUGUUUAGUUUUUCUAUGUUUUUGUUCUAGAUCGUUUGAUCUGUUGGCCAGGGUGGUUCCCAAUCAGAGGCAGCUGUAGCUCGUUGUCUCUGAUUGGGGACCAUACUUAGGCAGCCUGUUUUGCACUAGUCUUUGUGGGAUCUUGAUCCGUAAAGGUUUGUUGUGUUAUAACCUCAGGACUUCACGUAUCGUUUGUUUGUUGUUUUUGUCUUUAAGUACGUUAAAUAAAAGUAUGUACGCUUAUCACGCUGCGCCUUGGUCCGUGUCUUCAGUCAACGAUCGUGACAAGCAGGCCCCAUUUCCUGAAGAUGAUGAUGAUGUCACAUACAGCACUGUCAUCCCCCAGCACAAGGCCCAAAUAAACAUACAGACCUGUCACGAUCGUCGUAUGAAGCAGACCAAGGCGCAGCGUGAUAUGCGUACAUCUUUUAAUGAGUACUUAAAAGACAAUAACAAAACGAUACGUGAAGUCCUAAGGUUAACAAACACAAACCUCUCCGGAACAAGAUCCCACAAAUAACAAGUGCAAAACAGGCUGCCUAAGUAUGGGUCCCAAUCAGAGACAACAAGCCACAGCUGCCUCUGAUUGGGAACCACCCCGGCCAACAUAGAAACACAUAAACUAGAACAUGAACAUAGAACACUAAACAUAGAAACUAACACCCUGGCUCAACAUAUAAGAGUCCCCAGAGCCAGGGCGUGACAAGACCAUGGUAAAGCUGCUCUGCUGAUUAGCCACAGCUAGUAUUAUGUUAUCAGAAACAACAGUAGGUGAUUGUUUCCUCAGUGUUAAUAUAGUCAUGGUUAUGUCACCAUUAUACCUAUAGGCAUAAUAUAUCACCGUUAUGUCACAUAUCACAAUUACAACUGUCUACACUUUUAAUUUCACUGAGAAGUCUGUUUCAAACUGUACUCUCCAUUAUAACAGAACUGUCCCUGUUCACCUCUCUACCUGUUCCUCCUCUGUAGGCAGCAGAACCAGAUGAUAAUGUGGUCUACAGCUCACUAGCUCUACAGGUGACCACACUGGUCAGUGUUGGUGUCUCCUCUGUCUGUUGUACCAGAUGAUGCUGAUCUCUCAACAAAGAUACAGACAACACCACAUUGCUAUGUGUAGUAAACGUCACUCUUUAAUCACACAAAUCUUUCUUAGCCUUUUUAUUUGUCUGUGUGAAAAACUGUAUCAUCACAUUGUGGCCAGCUAACCACAUUGUUUUCAGUGUGUAUCCAUAACAUUACAGUGUGGAGUGUGCCUGGGUUUAGGGUGAAGUUGCCCCUAGAUGCUGAUCUUGGGUCAGAUUUUAAAAAAAAUCCCACUAAAGGUUAAGGUUAGGAUUGGGGGAGGGGAAGCUGAUCCUAGAUCUCUAUCUAUUGGUCCUCUGUAGCUCAAUUGGUAGAGCAUGGCGCUUGUAACGCCAAGGUAGUGGGUUCGAUCCCCAGGACCACCCAUACGUAAAAAUGUAUGCACACAUGACUGUAAGUCGCUUUGGAUAAAGCGUCUGCUAAAUGGCAUAUUAUUAUUAUUAUUGGAAAUGUCACCACAGUGAAUGUGACUGAAUGUUACACGUUCUCUCCAGCAGAGGGCAGCAGCAGCAUAGCAGUGACUGACUGAGUGACCUUGGUGGAGUCCUUAUCCUGGAAGGACAGCCCACUCCCCUCUCCUGGGUCUCAACAUCUAUCUGCCUCCAAUAUGCUUCUGUCAUACCUCUUAACCCACCCCAGAAAGACCCCUCUAUCCUUUUGUGUCCAUAAACUACUGAAGACAGUCUGCUGUGUUAGUUUUCAUUGUUACCACAUAUCUGUUAUUAGUUAUUUUCCAUCCACCUUUCCCCUUGUCACUUGUUUUUUACAUCAUCAUCUUAUUUCUCUCACCUAAUUAAUUGUUCUAUGCCUGUAACUAAUCAUGAUCAAAAGUAUAGAUAGUAUAGUAUAGUAGCUACUAUGUAUAAUAACUACUGUACUGCGAUAAUAAAAUGUACUAUACUGUCUAUAUUGCACAAUGGACAUCUGUCACACCUGAUGUGUAUUUUUAAUGGAUUAUCAGAUAAAAUUGAGUUAAUCAUGAACAUAUAGUUAACAUUCUUUGUGGCUAACUGAAUUGGG